AUGUCCAACCUAGACCCCAUCCUUCAUGAGGCUUUGAAUGGCGACUCUGAUGAUGUCUCCAAGUUGAAAGAAAAGGUUGAAGAUCUUGAGGCUGCCAACGUCACUCUGCGGGCUCUGGUCAACUACACUAAGGGGGAUGUCACUCGUUUGACCUUGGAGCUUGAGGCCAAGACUGCCGAGAACGCCAACCUUUUUCCUCCUCUUUCUCACCUGUUCCUUUCGGAUCACUGCAAGUACCGUGUUUCUUCCAUUUCUACAAAAUUUAUGUCAAUUUGUUGCAUUGGUGUAGGUGUGAACAUCCAAAACGGAGAAGAGGUUGCCAUUAAGCUGGAAUCUGUGAAGACCAAGCAUCCUCAACUUCACUAUGAGUCAAAGAUUUAUAUGCUUCUACAAGGAGGGACGGGUGUUCCCAACUUGAAGUGGUUUGGAGUUGAGGGUGAAUAUAAUGUCAUGGUGAUAGACCUACUAGGUCCUAGUCUGGAAGAUCUCUUCAACUAUUGUAACAGGAAGUUCAGCUUGAAAACUGUGUUAAUGCUUGCAGAUCAACUAGUUUACAUAAUUGACUUUGGUCUUGCCAAAAAGUAUAGAGAUCUUCAGACGCAUAAACACAUUCCAUACAGGGAAAAUAAGAAUCUUACUGGGACUGCUCGCUAUGCCAGUGUCAAUACUCACCUUGGAGUUGAACAAAGCCGACGGGAUGAUCUGGAGUCUCUUGGUUAUGUCCUAAUGUAUUUUCUGAGAGGAAGCCUUCCCUGGCAGGGACUUAAAGCUGGUACCAAGAAGCAGAAAUAUGAUAAAAUCAGUGAGAAGAAAAUGUUGACUCCUAUAGAGGUGCUUUGCAAAUCAUAUCCAUCGGAGUUCAUAUCUUACUUUCACUAUUGCCGUUCAUUAAGAUUCGAGGACAAACCAGAUUAUUCCUACUUAAAGAGGCUUUUCCGUGACCUAUUUAUUCGUGAAGGUUACCAAUUUGACUAUGUCUUUGAUUGGACAAUGCUGAAGUAUCCUCAGAUAGGUUCAAGUUCCAGACAGAGGAAUCCCGCUGCUAAUGCUGUCGCUGGAAUUUCUGGUGAGAGACAUGGAAGAACAUCAGUAGGACAAGAUAUUCGGGAUAGAUUCUCAGGUGCCGUUGAAGCUUUCUCUAGAAGGAACGCUACAAGUUCUGGUCGGCAUGGUGAACAUUCUAGACACAGGACAUCCGAAGAUAUGCCUUCUUCCAAGGAUGUGCAACUUGAUUCAGAAAGAGGCCACACGUCUCGUAAUGGAAGUUCUUCAAAGAGAGCAGCCAUUUCAAGCAGCAGACCAAGCUCGUCUGGUGGGCUAGAUGGCCGCACGAGCAGCAGGGUCGUUUCUAGCAUUGGUCGUGUGUCCACCACACAACGAAGUCAACCGAGCAUUGACCAAAAACCAUCCCCUUUCUCUCGUGCAGCGGUUAACAAGGGCUCUCGAGAUGACCCUCUCCGAAGCUUUGAGUUCCUCUCUAUCCGAAAAUANUCCUUGUAA